GUCUAGACUGUACGUACUUUUGUACAUGUAUGUGAGGGCACCCUGCAUUUCUAUCACCUUCGCCAGACUUCGGAGCCGUGUUUCUAAAACUUGACGACUAUAAGGCAGAUAAAUAUCGAGAGGUUGGAAGCUGUGCCUUACUGAAUUUCAGUCCCGAUGGGUGAUCAAAUGACAGUUACUGCGCUUGCAGAUAUUAUCAGACAACAAGCAGAGAUACUUGAGACGAGCCUACCGCGGCAUGCUUACACGGAUUAUCAUGGCGAUAAAAGCCUCAGCAUUGCGAGAUCAAAACUCCUCGAAGCCUGCGAUAAGUUAAACCACUUGGUAACUGGUCCUAUAGAAUAUGUAAUGGGCAUCGCGCAAGGCCAUCGUGUACAUGCAGCUUUGCAGUAUGUAUGUCAUUUUCGGCUGGCCUCUUUCGUACCCGCAGACGGUACACCGAUCACGUACGAGGAUUUAGCGCAUGCCGCCGGAGUUGACACUUCGCAAUGCACCCGUGUGCUGCAGCUACUCAUGACGUACCACAUCUUCCGGGAGCCCGGCACCCGUAUCGUCGCGCAUAACCGUAAUUCCCGCGUUCUACUUGACGAGGACACAGGCGCCGCCGUCGAGUGGCUAACUCAGGAGUCGUUGCGAUCUAGUGCAUUCUUCACAGAGGCGCGCGCCAUGAGACGUAGAUGGUCUACUGGCGGAAGCGGCGCCAGGACCACAAUUGCCAGUGGUAGCAGUGGCGUAACUGGGAGCAUCGCUGGAAACAGCGCACUGCAAGCAGUGAGGAGCGGGAAGGGGAAAGCAGCAACUGAUCUAGCAGUUAACGGCUUGGAUCAACCCGCCUUUGGAUUCAUUACACAGCAGCGACAGACAACCGAAGAAUCGAUGAAAGCAGAUCGGUAUGCUCGCGCGAUGGCCGGCAUGGCGAAAAGACGACAGCUGAGCGUAGAGCAUCUGGUAGCUGGAUUCGACUGGGUUUCAUUGCCGUCCGGUACGAUCGUGAUUGACGUAGGUGGAGGCAACGGGCAUUGCUCGAAAGCCAUUGCGUCUUGCAAUCCUAGGCUGAAAUUCAUCGUACAAGAUGCAAAUACGGCGCUUGCUGAAGAUGUGGAUAUCGAAAAGCAAGGCGACCAUUUUCAGUUUAUGACGUAUGACUUCUUUGCACCGCAGACUGUCGAGGGAGAUGUCUAUUUGCUUCGGCGCAUAUUACACCACCACUCAGACAAGGACGCCGUACGUAUUCUGCAGGCGCAAUUGUGCGCUGUGAGAAAGAAACCAAGGGCGAGGAUCGUGGUCAUGGAUAACCUUGCGAUCCACAGCGGUACAUUGAGCACGCUAGAGGAACGCAAGACCAGGUGAUAUCCCUCGCUCCAUUUUCUCUAUACGCUAAGCUGACUGUAUCUUCGUAGAACGUUGGAUAUCGCAAUGAU